CAAACACACAAAAAAACAAAUAUCCCCCCCCCCCCCAAAAAAAAACGUACAAAAUUUUCAACUAGGUGGCGAAUCCAGAGUAUGAGUAUGGGUCAACUGCACAAAUAUUAAACGUUAAAUACAGUGUGCUUGGCCUGGGCUAAUUCUUCCCCAUUGAUUUAAUUGAGGGUAACCUCUACAUUUCUCUGGCUGCCAUGAGCAAAUAAUUUUGCUUGUUUUAAAAUGUACACACAUUUACUGAAACAUAUUUCGACCAUAAUUAAGAAAAAAAUCCGCUAAGAUAAAAUAAGAUAAUCUUUUAAUGAUCUAAUGCAUAUCUGAUUUUGAAUUUUCUCACUUGAACCAUGCCAAUCAAUCCAACCAAGGGGUAAAAAAAGAGAGCAAGCAAGAAAAACAUCUUCUGUCACCUCUCAAAUUGGCUACGAAUAAGCAAACUAAAGUACGUCCAAACUGUGAACAAUGUCUCAUUUUACAAUUAACUGAAUACAUAGUAUAAACGACACAAAUAUGAAUGUAUUACUAAGAGGAAGGACAAUAUCUGCCAUGAACGAGCAGCUAACGGGCCUUCACCUACCACAUUUGCCAUCUGAAUCUUUAACAGUUAUGAAACACCAACACACCUAAACGUCACACCCACCCUCAAUGGUGUUAUUACAUCAGAAGUUAACCUGUAAAGAAUAACGGAAGGUUGUGGGGGUUAGAACCGUAUUGAGCGCAGGGGCUCUUCACUGUUACAACACUGACAUCUGCUGUUGACACUUUAUAACUACAUACAGUAUACGUUCACACAAUAAACAGUACUUGUAUAGCAUACGAGACCAAUUUAAACACGUUUGAUUUUUGAUUAUUUUUAUAUUAUUUUCAAUGAAUUCAAUUUUUACCAUUUGUAAGGAAGAAUUAUUUCCAUGUUUGAGGGAAUAUUAUACACUGUACUAUACUGCAAUGAAACAAUUACGCCUGCGUUAUGUUAAGCAUGCGUUUCGGUUGAGUAUGUAUGACAUUUUAACAAUAAUACAUUUAAAUAACACAUCUUGCUUGUUUGAAAGUGAAAAUAGAUGUUGGUGGAAAUAAUUUACGUUUUAUUUUGCCCUUCUACUUUACUAAUCAAAUGUUUUCCACACUGAUACAAAAUUUCAGUGAUGAAUAAAAUCUCAAAGUCAAAAGGUCGUAAUCAUUUAAAACUCUCCCAAAUCCACCUCACGCCUCCAAAUAACUGCAUUAGCAUGAUUAUUCAGGGUGAGCUGUCACCUUGAACUGACUUAGGUCAUUACCUUUAUUGUGUGACAUACGCCUGUGUGUACGUGCGUUUCUGCCCCCCCCCCACACACACACACGCGCACACGCACACGAAAAAAAAAUCCACGUAGAGAAAAAACACGAUUUUGCACAAGUUUUGAUACUAAAUGUACGUUAACAUUUUCUUUUACCACAGACUUACUUUAAAUAGUGGCAAUUAUGCAAUUAUCUUCACUUAUGUCUCACAACAUAAAAGAAUCCCUGUUAUUAUAACCUUUUUAGCUAUCUGGAGGAAAAGAGGAAAACAAGUUAUCAAAAUGAAUCAGCAGAAAUAACAUCAAGCGAAUUGCUCUGAGCAUGGAUAUUCUUGACCAAGUCACAGGAACGUGUUGGGCCGCGCCCUGGAUGGUCACUGGCAACAUUGAUAAAGACAAGAACUUAUAAAACCACGUCUGUUUGCAUUUCCUUCCUGCUGUAACAACCCGCUCCUGCAUCCUACUACAGGAAAUAACAGGACAUAAGCAUGCGGAGACAACAUGUCAUACUUUGUUUUUUGUUUUCACUGUUGGACUCCUUAUUGUCUGAAAACCAUUCAUGUGAAAAAGAGACCGACUGUCCUUCAGAAAACCAAAUUGUCUUUAGUGCAGCUCGAGAAAUCCCAAGGACUCUGGGGGCAGGCGUGACCGAAGUCUUCUUUUUGGACAGCAACAUCAAUACAAUCCCCAAAGCAGCCUUUGUGGAAAACCCCCAACUGGAAAAGGUGGAGUUCAUUAACACAAACACCACCGUUAUCGAGCCAGGAGCUUUUGAAGGUCUGGUCGACAUGAAGUACGUUGAGAUCUCGAGCACGCCGCUGACGUCCAUCCCUGUUGGAGUCUUUACCCACCUCAACAACCUGGAGAAAAUUAUUCUAAAAUUGAACAAGAUCCGUCAUCUGGAGCGAGGCUUGUUUGACAGUCUCAAAAAGGUAAGAGAGCUCCAGUUACAUGGAAAUGAGAUUGCAUCUAUUGAAGAUGGGACUUUUGAUGGCCUUGAGAACCUCAUGUUACUCCAUCUGGCUAAAAAUCAACUCACCGCUGUGACAACCCACUGGUUCUCCAAGCUAAGCAAACUGGCCACGCUGCGGCUUUAUGAAAAUCAGCUCACUGCCAUUCCAGAGGAUAUUUUUCAUAGUUUACCAAAUUUGAAAGAGAUUUCUUUGCAAAGCAACAAAUUAACACAGUUGUCUCCCAAACAGUUUCCAUAUAAAGACAAACUCACAAAGAUUGUGUUGGAUGACAAUCUCUUGACAAAUUUACCAAGUGAAUUUUUUGUUGGCUUCCCUAAUCUCAAAACACUGACCCUGCACAAGAAUAAACUAUCAAGCCUUCCGCCUGUGCUUUUUGGGGAACUGACCAAAAUGACAGAUUUAAGCUUAAGUCAAAACCAACUGAGUGACCUCCCAAAAGCAAUAUUCAGUCCUCUGAGUCGGCUGACCAAGCUCGAUCUAUCCAAGAAUCACUUUACUACACUGUCAGCUGACUACUUUGAAGGACUGCAAAGACUCACCCUUUUGAAUCUGCGAAACAACAAGAUAGACUCCUUGGGUGCGGAUGUAUUUGAGAAGAUUCCGUCACUGAGCUCCCUGGACAUGUCCAGCAACAAUCUUGAAAUGCUCCCUCAGGAUAUUUUUGAACCUUUAACACAUCUCACUAAAGUGUAUCUAAAUGACAAUCCCUGGAAUUGUGACUGCAACCUUUUACCUCUCCAUCGGUGGAUAAAAGCAAACUCUGCGAUUGUUCGGAAGCCAGUUGUCUGUUGGAAUCCAGAAGAUCUUAAAGAACAGGAGAUCAAGUCAUUGGGAGAAAGGCAAUUUAUUUGCCCUACUUUUCCAUUCACAACCACCAUGUUGCCUACGACUGCUCUCACAACGCGAGAACUAACCACCACCCUCUCAACAAUGAUGGCAACCACGACUUGGCCAACCACACCUACAUCUACGACACCUUCAACUACGACGGCCUCGACUACAAUCGCACCAGAAGAAACGACGAUUGACAUGAAAUCGACAGCACAGCAAACAACACUAGUGACUGUCCCUACUACACCAGUGCCUUUGGUCACAACAACUGCAAAAGUAACACCACCACAGACAACCAUUUUAAUCACAACCCCACUAGCCAGCACUGUAACGUCCACUGUGCAAACAACCACAACGAAAACUACUAUACCCACAACGAUAUUAACAACAACAGCUACACCGACUGUCACAUUGGCAACCACCACACCCACAACAAGUCUAACAACCUCACCAGCCAGCACUGCGACGUCCACUCUGCAAACAACCACAACGAAAACUGCUAUACCCACAACGAUAUUAACAACAACAGCUACGCCAACUGUCACAUUGGCAACAACCACACCCACAAUAAGUCUAACAACCUCACCAGCCAGCACUGCGACGUCCACUCUGCAAACAACCACAACGAAAACUGCUAUACCCACAACGAUAUUAACAACAACAGCUACACCGACAACCACCACACCCACAACAAGUCUAACAACCUCACCAGCCAUCACCAUGACACCCACUCCGCAAAUAACCACAACCAUUUUCACGACGACACCCGUUACUACACCGGCAGCAAUCACAGUCAUGACCACGUCACCCAGCACCAUGAGCACAAUUCAAAUCGCAACUACACAAUCAGCAACAACUACAAAUACACCCACAAGUCAACUGACCACCACUCAGACGACAAGCCCCCUUCCUAAACCGACAACCACGGUCAUUUUCACCUGUCCCAUCCAGGAACACCCCAAGAAGGCGCCCAGUUUGUUAUCAUACAAGGACACAAAAGCAGCUUUGCAGUGCAAAUCUCAGGCACUCAUGUACAUCGCUCUUCUGCUGGUGGAAGUAACCUGCACAUUAGUGCUGGCUAAGUUCACCUUGUCUCUUUACCGCCUGCUGUUGUGCAGAGAGUUGAUGCAGCACAAGGUCAAACUCACCCACUUCUCCUACAGGAAAGAAGUCAUCCUAAGGCCUGUGUAGGAGACAGAGACUAUUUGUGUGAUGUGUGAUGAGGUUCAUGACUUGUGAUACACUGAUGUGGAUAUGUAAAUAUGAACCCAAAAUAGACUCACCUGCAUUUGACGUUUGACCUUAAUUGAAACGUUUGUUUUCAAAGCUUUUAAUUAAGCUUCAAACAAUUCCGGACUGUUAAACAUUGUGAGAGUAAUAAAAGCAAAACAAAAUAUUAAAUAA